AGGAGUGUGGAUAGAACCAUGUUCCAAAAGAAAGUAACCAGCUAUAUAACAUUAAAUCAGCAAGUACAUUAAUAAUAUCAAAGCAUUUUCCUGUUGACGUUGCUGGGUAAAAUAAAUCAAUAUCAUCUUUUUGAUUACUGAGAAAUUGGAAAUAAGCACUGCAUAUCAGACAAUAAAAACUCAACUGGAAAUGCAAGGUUUUAUGAUAGUAGAGUAGCUCCACCCCUGGAGCAGAUUGGAUGUCAGUGCUCAAUUUAAGAGUGGUGUGGCUCACCAUGUGAAUUAGAUUUGUUUCUGUGCCAAAAAAGGAUCAGCAGUUCAGAUGAAACACCUUCAACUUCUACAGCACCGCCUUUGCUUGCAACCUGAGAUCCAACUGUUUGUUUAGAGCACACACAAGAAGAGAGUGUGGACCUUUUGCUGAUUUGAUGCAUUAUCCAGCACAGUCAUUAACAAGGCAAGACACGGUUAUGCUCUCAGAGAGAGUUCAGAGCACACCUGUUAAUGUCUAUUAAGUUGAGGCAUCUGCUGGAAUUUUUCUCUGCGGAGAAAUGGCCAACAAUCACAGCAUCACUGCUGCAGUGGUGACGAGGGCUCACUGGAACAAACCCAGAAAUACUGCAGAUUUUUUUGAAAUGAUUGAAAAGAUGCAGGGUAACAGGAUGGAUGAGCAGAGAUGCACCUUUCCACCUCCACUCAAGACGGAGGAGGACUAUAUUCCCUACCCAAGUGUACAUGAGGUUUUGGGUAAGAAGAGCCCCUUCCCUCUCAUUCUUCUGCCACAAUUUGGAGGUUACUGGAUUGAGGGAACAAAUCAUGAGCUAAGCAACACGCUGGACUCUGAGGAGCUGCAGACUUUGUCCCCCGACAGCCGCACAAAGCUGGAAUGUAAUACAACAGCAACGCUCUACCGCAAACACUUCCUGGCUAAGGAACACUUUAAUUACUAUUCAGUGGACGGUGCCCUCGGACAUCUGGUGUUCUCUUUAAAGUACGACGUGAUUGGUGACCAGGAGCAUCUCCGACUAAUGCUUAGGACCAAACAAAAAACCUACCAUGAUGUGAUCCCCAUCUCCUGUCUGACUGAGUUUCCCAAUGUGGUCCAAAUGGCCAAGCUUGCCUAUGAGGAGGUCAACGUUGACCGCUUCUUCCCUGUCCUUUAUCCAAAAGCCUCACGACUUAUAGUGACCUUCGAUGAGCACGUCAUAAGCAACAACUUCAAGUUUGGGGUCAUUUAUCAAAAGUUUGGCCAGACUUCAGAGGAAGAGUUAUUUGGCAACAGCCAAGAAAGUCCUGCCUUUGUUGAAUUCCUUGACUUCCUUGGAGACAAAAUUGAGCUCCACAACUUUAAAGGUUUCCGUGGAGGCUUGGAUGUGACACACGGCCAGACUGGCACAGAAUCGAUCUACUGCAACUACCGCAACAAAGAGGUCAUGUUCCAUGUGUCCACAAAGCUGCCUUACACCGAGGGGGACACCCAGCAGUUGCAGAGAAAGAGGCACAUAGGGAAUGACAUUGUGGCCAUUGUGUUCCAAGAAGAAAAUACUCCCUUUGUGCCAGAUAUGAUCGCCUCUAACUUCCUCCAUGCCUACAUCGUGGUCCAAGUGGUCAACCCUUGUUCUGACGAUGUUCUCUACAAGGUGUCAGUGACAGCACGAGACGAUGUACCUUUCUUUGGCCCCGCCCUCCCAAAUCCCGCUGUCUUUAAAAAAGGUCCUGAAUUCCAUGAAUUCAUCUUCACUAAGCUCAUCAAUGCAGAAUAUUCCUGUUAUAAAGCUGAAAAGUUUGCCAAAUUAGAGGAACGAACGCGGUCGGCCUUGUUGGAGACGCUGUACGAAGAGCUGCAUGUGAACAGCCAGGCCAUGAUGGGCGUUGGUGGAGACGACGACAAGCUGGAGAACGGCAGUGGAGGUGGAGGGGGCUUCUUUGAGUCGUUUAAGCGGGUGAUACGCAGCAGGAGCCAGUCUAUGGAUGCCAUGGGUCUUACUUUCAAGAAGCCGCACACAGUGUCCACUAGCCUCAGCGGCAGCUUUAACCCCAGCACACCCGCAAAGAGCCCCAAAUUCCAAGGGAUAUCAUUGCUUGUCCCAGGCAAAAGUCCCAGUAAAUAUGGACGUCGAGGCAGUGCCAUAGGAAUAGGAACAGUAGAAGAGUCUUUGAUCAUUCCAGGGAAAAGCCCAACCAGGAAAAAGUCUGGUCCUUUCAGCUCGAGACGAAGUAGUGCCAUCGGGAUUGAAAACAUUCAGGAAGUGCAGGAAAAAAGCAGAGAGAACUCUCCCAGCACACAAAAAACCCCCGACAGUGGCCACGUCUCCCAAGACCAGAAGUCGGACAACUCGUCCAAUCAGAGCUCUCCUGAGGUGCUCACCACGGCAAAGAACAGUUCGUAUGUCUGUGGCAGGGCUCCAUCAAUCCCUGAAGGUCAUGACCUCUCCCGCUCAUCCUCCAACGCCAGCAGCUUCGCCAGCGUGGUGGAGGAGAAUGAGACAGAGGCAGCGGAAGACUAUGACACAGGCAUGGAAAGUUUGUCAUCUGCCGGGACGCCACACAAGCGUGACUCCUUUACUUACAGCACCUGGCUAGAGGACAGCACCAGCAGCACCAGCACCAACAGCCGUGGUAGCUCCCCAGGUCCUGGUAAAAGCGAGCGAGGGAAGGGAACAGACAUCCGCAUCAAACUGGAGCGACCUCACGAUCAUCAGUCCUCAUCACAUUCCCAUAAGUCACAGUCCCUUUGGGAGAUGAGACAGGUGCAGGGGUUCGCCAUGACCAAUGCCGAUAACGAAGAAGAGGAGCAGUAGUCGCCGCAAAUGUAGCCUCUCCAGCCAGCUGCUCCAUGAUGGCGGGAACGCAGUGCAUCAAGACACACAGUGGAUGACGCACCAAGAGGGCCCAGUUUUUGCACAGUGUUAUUUCCUGCACUCUUUUAUUUUCUUCUUCACACUUUUGUUACUGGCUUCCGAAAACUCACAUUGUUGUACCUAUACAACCAUAAAAGUUUGAUGCGUAAAAAGAAUGUAGUUAGGUUUGUCACAUUGCACGUAUGGACUACACAGGGUAAGAGAGUGCCAUUGAGCUUUUUGUAAAAAAUGAGUUGUUCUGCCUAUUCCACUGACAAAAUGCCAUAUUUGUUUUCCAGCACAAAAUCUAAGAUGAUAUUGCCUUUCAGAGCAGUGUUUCUACGUUGUCCUUCUCCAUCUCUUCAGUUAUAGCAUACAAAUGUAUCGUAAAUCCGAUGAAAUGGCCUUAAAGUGGUAUUUUUUUGUUACCCUCUUUAAAACUCAAAGGUCCUACAGCCAAUAACGGGAAUAAAAUAUUCCAAGUGGAUCAGCUGUGAAACUAAUGUAUUCACAACCCCUUUCAUUACUCCCAAUAUGUGCUGUUAACGUAUGGAAACAUUCACUUAUUUUCCUGUUAUAUCGAACUCGACUGUUGCCGUGAGACCACUUUCUAUUUAAUGUGUUAUUUAGUUUUCUAUGUUUUUAUUUAUUGAUUUUAUUAUUUUUUGGAGUGACUUAAAUGAUCAUUUGUACCUACACAUGGCAAUGUCUAGCACCUUGUCAUAAGCUUGGACUGUGUUUCUUUGCAGUGAAUUAUGUCUUUAAUUGUGAAACUCUUCAUCUCUUUUCGUACAGAAAAUACACAAAGAAACAAUAAAACAAAAUAUCUCAGUUGUAAAAGUUGCUCCAAAUUCAACUACUGAUGAUGUAAAUGUAUAUUUUGUUGGAGUACAUAAUUGUAACGGCCAAGACUGUGAUCUUACCAUAAUUACCAAGUCAAAAAAGGGGUUCAUUCACCUCUAAAUGCUAGCUUUGAUCAUAAUGAAAAGAUUUGUAAUCAUAUCUUGCCGUUCUGCAAAAGGGAAAACCUGUACUUUCUCCGGAUCAUUUCAGUUGCCUUAUCACAGACAUGGUGUAAGUAAACAUAAUGAAGCAAACAGGUAAUAUCUAGCAGCAUUUAAAAUAAAUGAAUGUUUUGUUGUUGUUGUUGAUUUUAUUGUAAAUAAAUGCCCUGAUAAGUUUACAUACUGUUGCCAAUGUAUAUUUAAAUGAAAGCAAAGUACUAUUAUUUAGUUACUUCUUGAAAAAAGCCAAGCUUUCUUAUCAAUUCUCAAACAAGCCUUUGUAAUACCAGAACAACUGCAAAAAGUGGGUCUUCCUCAGUUACAUAACUGGGCCAUAGCAAUGCAAAUGAAACAGAAUCAAUGUAGUGUGUCAAAAAAGACGCAUUGCUACCGACCAAUCCAACAUUGCAAUGUUGCGCAAUUUAUGUUUACUUGAUGUACACUAAUGAAGAAAAUCUUUUGAAAAUUACAAGUUAUGGGUUUUUUUGCAACAAGGUUGUAAGUCGAGCAUCAACAUGCAAAAAAGAACAAGCAGGAGCAUGACACAAAAAAAUAAGGGAAUCAGUAAUUCCUUGAAAACUAAAUUCAAACUUGCAGGCUUUUCAUUAAUUGGUCAAAUAUUUAAAACCAUUACACGUUUGUAAAACCACCCAACGCAUAGGGGGGCCGCACUAGAGAGGGCGCCAAAACGGUGGAAAGAGAAUUAGUUAGGGUUCUGCAUUUUCUGUGCAUAUGUCUAAAGAACAUUUGUUUCUUCAUAGUAGUCUUUGCCCAUUUUCAAUUAUUGCCCAAACGGCAUAGCAGUUUUGAAUUGGCUUUACUGCAGUGGGUUAUAUUUAACACUUUUCUCUUCCCGUUGGACCCAUCAGCCUAUUUUUUUGUAUAUUGGAAUCUGUUAUUUAGUGUAAGGGUUGUGAAAGAGUCCCUUUAAUAUGCAAUUUCAUUUCCACAUUUCAUGGAUUCAUAUACGCGGCAAAGAUUGUAUGGUAUGGUAUGCUCUUUUUUGUCAUUGCACAAGUACAUCACAAUUUCAUUUUCACCACAAACCCAUGCAAGAUUAGACAGACAUUGUACAGGAAUACAGAACAGGAAAGGUGUAAAAGGUAGCCACUGGGGGAGGAAGAGUAAAAAAAAGUCGAUCUCAGACUGGGCCUAUCUCAGACUGGCCCAGACUAUUGAGGCGGGCCCAGUCUGGAGUGAGAAAAAAACUUCAUAGCAAGCACAUAUACAUAUUCGACAUACAACUCAAGACUUGCAACUAAGGGUGAGGGGGCGGACAUCCGGCCCAAAGCUGCCAGCCACAAGAGGCACUGCUCCGUGUUCCAUCAUACCGCAAGGGGUGAAGCGUCGGAGCUGUGGGACGUCGGGUCGGGUAAAUGUGUUUGUGUGUGUGUUGAGAUGCAUAUGUGUGUGUAAACCUGCAGCGUGUCUCGACCCCGGUGCUCUCAAACGCGAUAACACAUCCAGUCAGUCCAACAAAAGUCAACAACAAGAGGGGUGUGUCCAUGAAAGACAGAGAAGCAGUUUGUUUCGUCUUCACUUCACUGUCCUCUGUGAGAGUCUCGAAACAAUGACCUUGCCAGGUCGUUUGCAGCCAGAGAAAACAAUCUAGUUUAGAAUGUUUGUGUUUGGGCGAGCUAAAAUAAUUUUUUUCUUUUCACUCUAUUGUCUGUUUCUGGUCCUCAAAUUCAUCAUACUUCACCAUCAGAGCAGCUGGCAUCUCCAAGAUGUUUUCAAAUGUGCAAAAAGUCUGAGUGCCCAAAGUUCUGCUCACUUCCUCCAAUCAUUUGUGGCAGCUUUAGGGUACUUUGAACGGCUGCGAGCAUCGUCCAGUUUGUUGACUGACCAGAGCAAUGCUUACUCCAAUCAGCAGAUGUCCUGUUAUCAUGAUUUCGAAUAGGGAGAUGUCUUCAACGUCCUCGACUGAAGGGUCGCCAGCAGGGCCGGCCCGUGGCAUAGGCCGUAUAGGCAAAUGCUAAGGGCGCCGUCCAUCAGGGGGCGCCACGCCAGUGCCACAAAUGUUGGAGAAAAAAAAAUAAAAUAAAAAGUUGGUACUAUUAUUUCUAAAUACAAAAAAAUAAUCCCAUGUUAAUUAAAAUGCAAAGUAAAGCCUAUUUAAUAGAAAUAUUAUUUGUUACAACAUUACGCCCCUCCCCCCCGCACGGUGCGCCCCUCCCUUCCUGUAUCAUGACUCUUUUUGGACGUCACCACAUCAAAAAAUCAACACAAGAUGUCAAAACGGCCAAAACUGUCAGGUGCCCAGGAAAGAAAAAAGAGAAAAGAAGAGGAGGAGAAACGAGAAAA